UGUCACAUGUUAACACUCUCGCGCGUCUGUUGCGCAUCAGACGCGCCAAACUGAUCCAUGCCUGGCGCCGACCGGCAGCGGACUGCACCAGACCGCAUUGAGGACCUGAGGAAUGGCCUCUGGACGGGAUGGAUCCAACUCAACCACAAACCUGACCAACCAGUUCGUGCAGCCGGCGUGGCGCGUCGCUCUGUGGUCGGUGGCUUACAGCACGGUGCUGGCGGUGGCCGGUUUUGGGAACCUGAUCGUGAUUUGGAUUAUUCUGGCGCACAAGCGGAUGCGGACCGUCACUAACUAUUUCCUCCUGAACUUGGCUUUCGCGGAUGUCUCGAUGGCCGCCUUCAACACGCUCAUCAACUUCAUCUACGCGGCUCAUGGAGAGUGGUACUUCGGAGAGGUCUACUGCAGGUUCCACAACUUCUUCCCCGUCACCGCUGUGUUCGCCAGCAUCUACUCCAUGACCGCGAUAGCCAUCGACAGGUACAUGGCCAUCAUCCAUCCUCUGAAGCAUCGUCUGUCUGCAAAAGCCACAAUGGCAGUCAUCGUCUGUAUCUGGAGUCUGGCUGUGGUUCUGGCCUUCCCUCUCUGCUACUUCUCCACCACCAGAACUCUUCCCCGCAGGACCCUGUGCUACGUUUCCUGGCCCCGCAUGGCUGACGACCCCUUCAUGUAUCAUAUCAUUGUUACUGUUCUGGUCUACCUGCUGCCCUUAGUGGUGAUGGGCAUCACUUACACCAUCGUGGGGGUGACACUGUGGGGAGGUGAGAUCCCUGGAGACUCAUCUGAUAACUAUCUUGGACAACUCCGGGCUAAAAGGAAGGCGGUGAAGAUGAUGAUCAUUGUGGUGGUGACCUUUGCCCUCUGCUGGCUGCCGUAUCACGUCUACUUUAUUGUGACGGGUCUCAACAAGCGUCUGAGCAAGUGGAAGUACAUCCAGCAGGUGUACCUGUCAGUAAUGUGGCUGGCGAUGAGCUCCACCAUGUACAACCCCAUCAUCUACUGCUGCCUCAACAGCAGAUUCCGGGCUGGUUUCAAGAAGGUUUUCCGCUGGUGCCCCUUUGUCCGGGUGUCGAGCUACGAUGAGCUGGAGCUUCAAAACACACGGCUUCGACCGAGCAGCAUGUGCACCCUCUCUCGAGCCAACACCAGCCUCCUGAGCAAAGACAAGAGCACUUGUUCCCGUGGCAACAGGUCAAAACUCAACUCCAAGCAGGAUAAUAAAGACAGUUAGUCGUCUCCACUGGAUACGCUGAGCCAACACACGAGGCUUGCAAGUUUGUUUUUGUUUUUAUUGACCUAAUAAAUAUGAGUUAACUCAGACGGUUGAGGUGGUGGGGGCAAAAAGAACAUGGUGCUGUUCAGAAACAACAGGAAGAUAAUUAUCGUACUGUGGCUCCUGAUUUCUCUAUUUUGUAGGAGCGGCCACAGUAGCUGUGACAUGCACCUCACAGGAGGCAAAGAUAUAGACAUGACAGACAGAUAUUUUUAGAUUAAAUGUAACUUUAUCUGUUUUCUCAGAAGUGCAUUGCACACAGAUGUCCAUAAAUCUACAGAGAAAUAAUCGAAACAACCCUCAUAAUUAAUGGUUUCCUAAGAAUCCUUACAUUUUCAAAUUCUCUUUGCUAUCAAAAUAAACUCACUGGGACGUAAAAACCUGUAUUUGGUGCAUUUUUAAUGGAAAAUGUCAACAAAAAAAUUGGAAUCAAGUUGAAACCCAAUAUAAAUGGCAGCUACAAGCAAGCGUUGAAUGUCACCAGAGGAUUUUUUUCUUUUUUUUGUGGCCAAUUUAUCCAAAUUAAUGAAGUAAAAUUAAAUCCUCAGUUCUGAUAACUAAUUUUGUAUGUCACCAUAUUGUAUUAAAUAUAACAAAUAUAUGCAUGCAUUUCAAUAUUUAUGUGCUGUACAUAAUAUAUGAAACGUGAAUGCCUUUCAUUGAAUUGAGACGUGCAUUUUAGAGUUGGAUUUGUGAUUUGUUUUAUUACAGAAUGCUGCUGUUCCUUAGGUUGAAUAUGUUCAACAAAGUGUGCAAACGUGCAUGUUUUGUUGUUGUUUUGUUUACUAAAAUGCAUCUGGCAGGCUUUUUGUAUAAAUAAACAAAAUGGUGAGAUUA